AAAGUCCAGGCCCCUUGGUCGCAGCGCUCCGCGCGCCCAGCCGCUCGGCCAGAGACGUCCGAGGUCCGAGGCUGAGAUGGAUCUUGAGGCGGGAAGGAACGGGACAGCCCGACGCCCCAGGAGGGCAGAAAGUGAUUUGGAGCUGAGCGGCAGCAGCAACCAAGACAGGAAAAAGAUGAAGAAAGUGAAUUUGAUUGGACCAUUAACGUUGUUUCGAUACUCUGAUUGGCAGGAUAAAUUAUUUAUGUCCCUUGGCACAAUCAUGGCCAUAGCUCAUGGAUCAGGUCUCCCCCUCAUGAUGAUAGUAUUUGGAGAAAUGACUGACAGAUUUGUUGUUACGGCAGGGAACUUCUCUUUUCCAGUGAAUUUUACAUUGUCAAUGUUAAACCCAGGCAGAAUUCUGGAAGAAGAAAUGACUAGAUAUGCAUAUUAUUACUCAGGAUUAGGUGCUGGAGUUCUCGUUGCUGCCUAUAUACAGGUUUCAUUUUGGACUUUGGCAGCCGGCCGACAGAUUAGGAAAAUUAGGAAAGAGUUUUUUCAUGCUAUUCUACGACAAGAACUAGGCUGGUUUGACAUCAACGACACUACUGAACUCAAUACACGGCUAACAGAUGACAUCUCCAAAAUCAGUGAAGGAAUUGGUGACAAGGUUGGAAUGUUCUUUCAAGCAGUCGCCACGUUUUUUGCAGGAUUCAUAGUGGGGUUCAUCAGAGGAUGGAAGCUCACCCUUGUGAUAAUGGCCAUCAGCCCUAUCCUGGGACUCUCUGCAGCUGUUUGGGCAAAGAUACUCUCGGCAUUUAGUGACAAAGAACUAGCUGCAUAUGCGAAAGCAGGCGCUGUGGCAGAAGAGGCUCUGGGGGCCAUCCGGACCGUCAUAGCUUUCGGGGGCCAGGACAAAGAGCUGGAAAGGUAUCAGAAACACCUAGAAAACGCCAAAAAGAUUGGAAUUAAAAAAGCGAUUUCAGCAAACAUGUCCAUGGGCAUUGCCUUCCUGUUAAUAUAUGGAUCAUAUGCACUGGCCUUCUGGUAUGGAUCUACUCUAGUUAUAUCAAAAGAAUACACUCUUGGAAAUGCAAUGACAGUCUUUUUUUCAAUCCUGAUUGGAGCUUUCAGCGUUGGACAGGCAGCUCCAUGUAUUGAUGCUUUUGCCAAUGCAAGGGGAGCAGCAUAUGUGAUCUUUGAUAUUAUAGAUAAUAAUCCUAAAAUUGACAGUUUUUCAGAGAGAGGACACAAACCAGACAACAUCAAAGGGAAUCUGGAGUUCAAUGAUGUUCAUUUUUCUUAUCCAGCUCGAGCUAAUGUCAAGAUCUUGAAGGGCCUCAACCUGACGGUUCAGAGCGGGCAGACGGUGGCCCUGGUUGGGAACAGCGGCUGUGGGAAAAGCACUACGGUCCAGCUGAUACAGAGGCUCUAUGACCCUGAUGAGGGUAUGAUUAACAUCGAUGGGCAGGAUAUUAGGACCUUUAAUGUAAGGUAUCUGAGGGAAAUAAUUGGAGUGGUGAGUCAGGAGCCAGUGCUAUUUUCUACCACAAUUGCUGAAAAUAUUCGUUAUGGCCGUGGAAAUGUAACUAUGGAUGAGAUAAAGAAAGCUGUCAAAGAAGCCAAUGCCUAUGAGUUUAUCAUGAAAUUACCACAGAAAUUUGACACCCUGGUUGGAGACAGAGGGGCCCAGCUGAGUGGUGGACAGAAACAGAGAAUCGCCAUCGCUCGGGCUCUGGUUCGAAACCCCAAGAUCCUUCUGCUAGAUGAGGCCACAUCAGCCUUGGACUCUGAAAGUGAAGCUGAGGUCCAGGCAGCCCUGGAUAAGGCCAGAGAAGGCAGGACCACCAUUGUGAUCGCACACCGAUUAUCUACAAUCCGAAAUGCAGAUGUCAUUGCCGGGUUUGAGGAUGGAGUCAUCGUGGAGCAAGGAAGCCACAGUGAACUGAUGAAGAAGGAAGGGCUGUACUUCAAGCUUGUCACCAUGCAGACAUCAGGAAACCAGAUCCAGUCAGAAGAAUUUGAAGCUGAACUAAAUGAUGAAAAAGCUGCCACUGGUAUGGCCCCAAAUGGCUGGAAAUCUCGCAUAUUUAGGAAUUCUACUCUUAAAAGCCUUAGGAAUUCACGAAGGUAUCAGAAUGGCCUUGAUGUGGAAACCGAUGAACUUGAUGAAAAUGUGCCACCAGUGUCUUUUCUGAAGGUCUUAAAACUGAAUAAAACAGAAUGGCCCUACUUCGUGGUGGGAACAGUAUGUGCCAUUGCCAACGGGGCACUUCAGCCAGCAUUUUCAGUCAUAUUCUCAGAGAUGAUAGCGAUUUUUGGACCAGGGGACGAUGAGGUGAAGCAGCACAAGUGCAACAUGAUCGCAUUGCUGUUUUUAGGUCUGGGAAUUGUUUCUUUUUUUACGUUCUUCCUUCAGGGCUUUACAUUUGGGAAAGCUGGCGAGAUCCUCACCACAAGGCUUCGGUCAAUGGCUUUCAAAGCAAUGCUAAGACAGGACAUGAGCUGGUUUGAUGAUCAUAAAAACAGUACCGGUGCACUUUCUACAAGACUUGCAUCUGACGCCUCCCAAGUACAAGGAGCCACAGGGACCAGGUUGGCUUUAAUUGCACAGAACACAGCCAACCUUGGAACUGGUAUUAUCAUAUCAUUUAUCUACGGUUGGCAAUUAACCCUUUUGCUGCUAUCGGUUGUCCCAAUUAUUGCUGUAUCAGGAAUUGUUGAAAUGAAAAUGUUGGCUGGAAAUGCCAAAAGAGAUAAAAAAGAACUGGAAACUGCUGGAAAGUGCCUAGAACUUGAACCUGGACUAACGUAAAGCUUUUAGCCUCUA